AGUUUUCGGAGGCAGCCAAUGAGUUCACAGCUCAGUCCAGAAGAUGGCGGUAAUGCACCAUGUUUGCAAACUGCCAAUAAAAAAACACAGAAGAAAUUUUAAACAGAACCUUCAAAUGACACUGUCGUGUUUACUACUUUCUACUGCUGAAUGAUUUACCGUUGUGUAAUGGAGCAAGUUUUAAAGAUUAAAGGGGAGGAGAGUAAAUGGGACAUUCGCCAUAAAGUGUGGGAUUACAUCGAGGACCAAAAUCUGGCAAAUUUUCCUCGACCUGUACACAACAGAAUUCCCAACUUUAAGGGUGCAACACUUGCUUGUAACAGACUUAUUGAUCUGGGCAAGUUCAGAUCCAGCAGAGUGGUCAAAGUGAAUCCGGACAGGCCUCAGGGACAGGCCCGCUUCAUUGCUUUACAUGCAGGAAAAAAAUUGCUUGUUCCAACACCUCGUCUAAAAACUGGAUUGUUCAAUAAGAUUGUUCCUCCGAAAGGUGCAACCAAUCAAGAACUGCGUGUUUGUUCAACAUCUCAGGGUGUAAAAGAGUUCAGUGUUCCUAUUGGAUUAAAUGACAAUGUUCAUGUGGAUCUUGUUGUGGUUGGAUCUGUUGCUGUGUCUGAGAAAGGUUACAGAAUUGGAAAAGGCGAGGGUUUUGCAGACAUGGAAUAUGCUAUGAUGGCAUGCAUGGGAGCUGUAUGCGAAUCCAGUGUGGUCAUCACUAUCGUUCAUGACUGUCAGGUCAUGGAGAUUCCAGAGACACUUAUUGAAGGUCAUGACCUCACAGUUGACUUCAUUCUUACCCCAUCAAGAAUAAUCAAAACUGAAUGUAAACGGCCCAAGCCUCAAGGCAUCAUUUGGUCAAAGUUGGACACAGAGGUGCUGAAGAAAAUACCUAUUUUAAAGAAGCUAAGAUCAAUACAGCAAGAAGCAGAAAAGGAUGUGACUUUAAAAACACCCCCUGCUGGAGAAGACGAGAAUGAAAGCUCCCAAGAGAGCUGCCAGAGUAAUAUCCAACGUGAGCUAAAGCGGGAAUCUCAUUGGCAGCAUGGGCAUUUGGUUUCUAAAGGUGACCAGCGUGGUAGGUUUAAGAGUGUGUUCCCUAAGAGUCCCGUCAGCACCAUAUACCUAGGCGACAUUCCCUCAAGGUUACGUGUGAGUGAGCUAAAGACGCUGCUCAGAGAACAUGAAGCUGUGCCUUUGAGAAUCAUCUGGCAGGGUGCGCAGCAUAGAGCCUUUCUACAUUACGCUGAUAGCACGAGAGCAGAACACGCGCUCAGAGCACUACAAAAACUCUCUGUUCAUGGCAGCACCAUGCGUGCUGAAUGUGUCAGGAGUGGGGCCACGGACGGGACAGGUCAAAAAGAAGAACCUAGUGAAGAUUAAAUGAUUAUUAAUCUAAUGUGCUUUCUAAAUAACACUAUCCUUUAGCAGCAAAACCAUCUUGUACUUUUGCAAUUUCUUAACCCCAGCUUCCAUAGGGUGUCUAAAAAAUCCGGUUUGUUCUUAUCUUGAAAUUCAUCUUAUCUUAUCUUGAAAUUCAUAGAGCUAAAGAGAUUAGUUUUGUGUUUAUUUAUUUAUUUUGAUAAAUAAUGUCUAUAAAUAGAAAAACUACACUCAAAAAAUGGCCCAUUGGUUGAAUGUAUUUUAAUCACGUGGCAAAUAACCACAUAAUAUUAUUACAAUAAUAUAUCUAGUCAUGUUUCUUAGAUGCAACCUAACUCUUUUUAAGUUGACGUAAUGUUAUAAUUGUACGUGGAAAUUUGCCAUGUAGAUAAAAUACAUUCAAUUGAUGAUGCAUUUUAUUUAAAGAGUCUUUAACGCAAGAAAAGCUUAUGUGUGUGCGUGCGUGCGUGCGUGUGUGUUGGUUGUUCCUCUGUGGAUGACUUCAAACUCGCAAAAGAAAUUAAAUACAAGUUUCAUUAUAACA